CACGCACGCGCCUCCCGCCUCCUCUAGCCGUGUCCUCGCCGUGAACGCGCGUGGUACCCCCCCCCCCCCCCCCCUCGGUCGCUAGGAGGAGGAGGAGGAGGAUGUGGCGCGCGGAGGGGAAAUGGCUGCCGAAAACAAGCCGGAAGGACUGAAGAAAAUACGUAAUCCGGAUCGAAUGUACAGAACCGCUGUCGGUUACACUGGCCAUGUUCCUCCUAAGAGUGUCAGCGAUGACACAGACAACAACAAUGAACAUGGACAUUUGAAAAUCUACCUUCCCAAGAAGCUUCUGGAAUGCCUUCCCAAAUGCUCCUCCCUGCCCAAGGAGAGACAUCGCUGGAACACCAACGAGGAGAUUGCGGCCUACUUGAUUACAUUUGAAAAACAUGAGGAGUGGCUGACGACGUCCCCCAAAACCAGGCCGCAGAAUGGGUCUAUGAUCCUCUACAACAGGAAGAAGGUGAAGUACAGAAAAGAUGGGUACUGCUGGAAGAAGAGGAAAGAUGGGAAAACCACGCGGGAGGAUCACAUGAAGCUCAAAGUGCAGGGAGUCGAGUGUCUGUACGGCUGCUAUGUCCAUUCCUCCAUCAUUCCUACGUUCCACCGCCGCUGUUACUGGCUGCUGCAGAACCCUGACAUCGUGUUGGUCCACUACCUGAACGUGCCCGCCAUAGAGGAUUGUGGGAAACCAUGCGGGCCCAUCCUCUGCUCCAUCAACACAGAUAAGAAAGAGUGGGCCAAAUGGACCAAGGAAGAACUCAUCGGGCAGCUCAAACCCAUGUUUCAUGGCAUCAAGUGGACUUGCAGCAAUGGGAACAGCAGCACUGGCUUCUCAGCAGAGCAGCUCGUGCAGCAAAUUCUGGACAGCCACCAGACCAAACCACCUCCCCGGACUCACAACUGCCUCUGCACAGGAAACCUGGGUGCUGGGAGCAGCCUGCAUCACAAAUGCAACAGUGCCAAACACCGUAUCAUCUCCCCGAAAGUGGACCCACGUACCGGAGGCGCCUACAGCAGCACCCACUCCGAGGUUCAAAACAACGAUGUUUCAGAGGGAAAGACGGAGCAUAGCCAUGGCAGGGGCAAAAAUGGCAGAGCAGGGGGCGACAGUGCCGGAGGAACGGGCAGCCGAGAGAAAAGGAACGGCAAGGUGCACAAGCCAGCACUGCUCCACCAGAACAGUAUGGAGGUGUCCUCAUCCAACCAGGUGGUAGUGCCAGAUACCACCCAGAGCUCACCUGUCUCUAUUAGCAGUGGGCUAAACUCUGAUCCCGAUAUGGCCGACAGUCCCGUGGUGACAGGAAUGGGCCACGUAGCCUCAGUAAUGAGCAGCCUAUCUCAUUCCACUACUGUAUUCAUGUCAGAGGUCUCUGGAGACCCUGUCUAUAGCAUGUCCCCUUCUGUAGACCCCAACACUCACCUCUUGGGUCCUGACACAGCCUCAAGCAGUCUGGUCUUAGCCGUGACAGCCGACAGUCACAAAUUUGGCUUUGCUGGAGCGGUUGGAGUGGGUUUAUCAGAUGCAGGAUCCACGGAUGGACUUUCUAUGCUAUCUGCAGCUAGUGUGUCUGAAGAACUGGUGCUGUCUAGUAACCUGGAAUCUGGAAGUAUCAAGCUGCCUGAGACCAGUAUGAAUUUUGACCCCGAUUGCUUCCUUAACAACCCCAAGCAAGGUCAGACCUAUGGAGGAAACGGGAUGAAAACUGAGGAGAGCAACAGGAGCAGCUGCAGUAAUGGAGGGCUGCGGUGUUCCCCACCUGUCAGCGACAACGGUUAUGGCUUCAACGCCUCUCUGGUGAAGAACAUCAAAACGGAGGACAUGUCAUUUGAACAACAGCUGGCUAAAGAGGGUGGCUAUCAGGUUGGAGAAGUCGUGAGCGGUGCUGUUGGUGUGUCUGGUUCCACAAACGGCGGUUCUGCCCAAAACUCCCUGGCUCUGACUGCCACUGGUUCACUGCUGCCGUCUGGAGGUGGACUCAGUCCCAGCACUACCCUUGAGCAGAUGGAUUUCAGUGCAAUUGAUCCCAAGCAAGACUAUCCAUCUAGUGUUAUGGAAGCAGCGGCCUAUAGCCAAUCUAUCUCUGGCUCUCACCUGGCCCACCAAAGUCACUCCCCCAGCUUCUUUCUGCAAGGUUCUCCACAGUCCCAAGCCCAGACACACCAGAACAACACCAGUUCGACCCAGAACUCUCACGACUCCAAUGCCUACAUGGGUCUGUCUGUCGUCAAGACAGACUCAACAGGAACUAAUGGGCAUCUCCACCACCAUCACCAUACCCACCCCAACCAGCACACUGCCUCUAACUGCAAUGGCGGCUCUCCCACCGAACGGAAUGGACAGGCUGGGUCACUCCAGCUUCUGCAGUACCAGAACCGCUUUCCAACCCCAGGUCAGGAGCAUGAAGAAGUGGGUGGUUUGGAACAGCCAAUAGGAGCAGAACAAGGAGAAGGAAGUGUUCAAGAGAAGGACUCGAAUGGGGACCACUUGCAGCCUAGUGAAGGAGGAGAAACUGAGGGUGUAGCUGGCGCAGAGCACUACCUCCAGCAACCAACGGAAGGUGGUGGAGUCGGGCCAGGAUCUGGAGGAAAGAGUGCAAGGGCAGAAGGUGGAACGCUGUGCAAUGACACUGAAGGAAAUGGAACCACAAACAGCCCCCAUCAACAGCUCCAGCCGCUCCUGCAAGGAGCCGGUUUGGUGCAGGGGCUUUUUAGCACCGUUGGCACCCACCAGAGCUUGGGCAGUAGUGGAACCAAUGGAGGAGGCUCCAUGGAGAUCAGCCUGGACCAUUUUGACGUUUCCUUCGGGAAUCAGUUCUCAGAUCUUAUCAAUGACUUCAUUUCAGUGGAGCGUGGAAGCAGUCCGGCAGUAGUGGCUGGCAGCAAUGCUCUCUACAGCCAUCAGCUAAUGACCCAUUCAGGAACAGAGGGGCAGGUCUCCUCUAGAACUGCUGCGCAACAAGGUGCAGACGAAGUAGCUCAUGGGGCAAGGGGGUACAAUUCUGCAGACCUCUGCCUGCAGCCCUGUUGCAGCCCUCAGUCUACGCAGACUGGUGCGGUGGCAGGCGAGGCAGGACAAUUGGCAUACAUGCAGGUGGCCGAGGCUGUGUCAGCAGCUGUGGUGCACGGAAACAUGGGAAUGUUACAGGCUACCGGAAGACUGUUUGUUGUGACAGACUAUUCUCCAGAGUGGUCUUAUCCUGAGGGUGGUGUGAAGGUGCUGAUCACUGGUCCAUGGCAGGAGGCCAGCAGUGAAUAUACCUGUCUGUUUGAUCAGAUAACAGUUCCAGCCUCCCUCAUCCAGCCCGGGGUGUUACGUUGUUACUGCCCAGCUCAUGACACAGGCCUGGUGACCCUGCAGGUGGCAGCCAGCAGUCAAAUCAUCUCCAAUUCAGUGGUGUUUGAGUAUAAAGCCCGUGCCCUGCCUGCCCUGCCCUCCUCUCAACACGACUGGCUCUCACUGGACGAUAACCAGUUCAGAAUGUCCAUCCUGGAACGCCUAGAGCAGAUGGAACGAAGGAUGGCAGAGAUGGCCAGUCAGCAGCAGCAACAAAGCAGUGGAGGACCAUCUGAGAGCGAAGGAACUGGAACAGGAGGAGGAGAAGGAGGAAGAAGCAAUUCUGAACAGGCACAGUUCUCACCAGAUCUGGGUCAGAGCCAGGGUCAAGGUCCGGCUGGCAACUCUUUUGAGAGCCGUGUGGUGAUAGUUUGUGAAAAGAUGAUGAACCGCGCUUGCUGGGCCAAAUCCAAGCACCUGAUCCACUCCAAGACAUUCCGGGGCAUGACUCUUCUUCAUCUGGCAGCCGCCCAGGGCUACACCACCCUUAUUCAAACACUUAUCAAGUGGCGCACGAAGCAUGCAGACAGUAUUGAUCUAGAACUUGAGGUCGAUCCUCUAAAUGUGGAUCAUUUCUCUUGCACACCACUGAUGUGGGCUUGCGCUUUGGGUCAUAUGGAAGCAGCCGUGGUUCUGUAUAAAUGGGAUCAGCGAGCUUUGGCCAUCCCAGAUUCUUUGGGUCGCUUACCAUUGGCUAUUGCCCGCUCCCGUGGCCACACCAAGCUGGCUGAGUGUCUGGAAAGCCUUCAAAGGGAGGAGCAGCAGUCAGGAGCACUGACUACAACUCCCAGCAUGCCUUUCUCACAAUCAACUGAGGCCUCAGCUGCUGAGGGAUGGAUGAAUGUUUGGGGUACAGAGACAUCUUCAGUUGGGCUGAAAGAAAGCAACAUCACUAGCUCUGCUUCCAGCUCCAGCUCAGACCUGAGGAGGCCCAGGUCAGAACCAUCAAGUUUCUAUAGCAGCGUUAGUCAUGGGGACGCCCCAUUAAGCAAGAAACACAAACCCAACCCUGAGACCCUUCAAACCCAGACCAGCAAAUCCUGCUCUGCCCCUCUUGGACUAGAAGAACAGGCCAACAAACCUAAAAUGUGCCCUUCCAGGGAGGGUACUGUGGAGAAAGAGCAGGGAGAUGGUGAGCAGUCUCGGACUAAGCUGGGCUCAACUUGUGGAGAUGGCUGCUGGGUUUCCAGACAAGCUGCAGGACGCAGAGUGCCAACUGUAGGACUUGGCAAGGAAAGGCUCGCAAACAGACUGAGAUUAAGAGAGAUUGCUAGUGCUGGAACAAUCUCCGAUCUGCGGACAACCCAAGAAGAUCUGGAGAACACAGGAGUCUUGCAGAACACAAACAUGAUGACUUUGGCGGAAGAAGUCAUUGAGGCGACAUCUGAUCGCAUCAAGAGGGAAAACUUUGUUGCAUCAGACACUACACUAGAUGGCGUUGGAGUCAGCAGUACCAUGAACUGGUUGGCCAGUUACCUUGGAGAUGCGGAGAGGUUCCUGUUUAACAAGCCCCUAACUUCCUCUCCUGGCCUGGGCCCAGUCCACGGUGGAGGACAGCCGGAACUUGACGGUCCUCUUGGGAAGCUUGGUCUCCAGUCCCCCGCUGAAUGGACUGCCCUCCUCAAUGCCUCCCACAACAAGGAGGAGCGUGACCUGACCCAGCUGGCCUUGUCUGAUCCUGAACAGAGAGAACUUUAUGAGGCAGCCCGCCAGGUCCAGAACACCUUCCGCAAAUACAAGGGCCGUCCGCUUCGGGAGCAGCAGGAACUGGCAGCUGCUGUCAUUCAGCGCUGUUAUAAGAGGUACAAACAGCUGACAUGGAUAGCCUUGAAGUAUGCACUUUAUAAGAAGAUGACGCUGGCCGCCAUCCUUAUCCAGAGUAAAUUCCGCAGCUACCACGAACAGAAGAAGUUCCAGCAGAGUCGGAGGGCAGCUGUGCUCAUCCAGCAAUAUUACCGCAGCUACAAAGAGCUCGGCCGGCCAAACCCACGAAGGCGAGCUACUGCAGCUGCAAUGGUGCAGCACAAACUCAGAAGCAGUUUACUGACCAUGAGACAAGACCAGGCUGCAAGAAAAAUAAUGCGGUUUCUGCUGCGGUGCCGUCACAGCCCCUUGAUGGACCAUAGACUAUUCAAACGGAGCGAAAGAAUUGAGAAAGGCCAAGGAACAUGAGAACGCCGCAAAGAGCCCCGUCGCAAUGUAACAUCUCCGAGCGGACUCUUCCUCUUCCUCUUCAUUGCAUUUUUACAAGAGACAAUUUACGGAAAAAGCAAAAAUUAUUCAGGAAGCGGAACACGGAAGAUCAUCGGAAAUGCGACGGUUGAACUCUAAGCAGCAUUGUGACUAAGUUCUGCACCUAAAUUGUGUUAUUUCUCUUUAGGGGGAACUGAAAUAAGACUAUUGGGGAAAUAUGACAUUAUCUUCAUGGCAUUUUUGCACUCUUCAUAUAUUUUUUUUUUUAGAUUACAAAAAAGGAAGAAAAAAAAUUGAAGGAAGACCAAGGAGCAAAGGCUUUUUAUUCCGACCAGCGCUUGUAAAAUAUCAAAAUAUCACAUCAGAAAAACAUCAUGCUGGAAGCCACUUCAGAUUACAUUUUUAUAUUUUGAAAGGAAAAUAAUACAACAAUCAGUUUGGGAGAAAAAAAAAGGACAAAACCUAGAAAAUGUAAACCAAAAAAAGCCCUCAUUUCAGUGACCAUAUGCAUGCAGAGUUUUUGAAAUCAGGCUCUCAUCUCCACAGAUUCUUUUUUUGACAAAUCCUGUCCGUUCAUUCAAAGGGAAGCCUUCAUAUGAAUGUAGAUGGGGUCAGGGCAAAAAUGCUGGGUUUGAAAUAUCAGUGUCUUACCUUUGUCUUUAUGGGGAUUUAGGGGACUUCUGAUGACAACUUGGGGGAUUGAAGCGAAGCCCUCUGGGUUACUGUUUUGUGUGCACUGUUUUCGACUUUCUUAUGGGUCCUUUUCUUAAUGUCAUUUUGCUGGCCUGACUUUGUGUGUCCCGUGUUUGUUGAACUGAAUCUGGAUACAGUGCAUGUGUUUGAGCGAAACGCUCCUGCAUGCUAUGUAAAUGUUUUGUGUUUUAUUUUCAUUCAUUCACAUCGGUGAUAUUGUGGCACCAUCAAACUGGACCGUAUAAGCCUGUUUGUUUCUGAGUAUACUGUUAUAAAGACCAUUAUUUUUAGUUAUUUAUUUAUUAGCUUUAUUGAAUUUUGUUUCUUUUUUUUCUUUAGCAUAAUUCAAUUUUUUUAAUUGUGAUGGUUUUAAUUAAUCUCCUUGUUUUUGAAACUGACCUUUUUUUAAUGUGAACUGCACUAUCAAUUGUGCCACAGCGUCAAACGUAUAUUUGCAAAGGUUAUCUUCCAUUUGUGUGUGUGUGUGUGUGUGUGUGUGUGUGAGUGUGUGUGUGUGUGUGAUACGUUUCUUCAUUGUUACUGUUGGUUGAUUUCAAAGAGCUCCAAAAAGCCGCCACAAGCUUUCCCGUGGAGUUUCACUGAACAUUGCCUUGACUUUUUGAAGGGUCCCUAUACAGAAGCUUAAAAAAAAUCCAUAUUUUUGACUAUUUAGUGGUCCCUGUACAUAUGAAGAUAGGUGAAGGAACGUUGAUAGCCAGAAACUUUUUCCGAAGAGGAUUGUAUUUAAGAAUAUAUAGUAUUUUAUUCAUAAAUUGGAUUAUAAAACAUUAAGAGACAAACAAAAAACAUAUAUUGUAUAGUUUUCUUUGAAAGCCCAAGAUGUACGGUUGUAUUGUUUGUAAAUAUUGUAAAUAUUGGUUGCGAAGAAGGAGCCAUGUGCAUGAAACUUUAAGACGUUGAACAUAAUGUAAAGAUAAAAUGUAGUGGCAAUGGUCUGUAAUACGACUUCAUUAGAAGACUUUAUUGGAAAUGUUCUUUUCACGGAGCAUUCUCUAAAGCAUGACAUGAAUCACGAUAAAACCGUAGAUUUAGAAGAAGAGCCAAACAAACCCAUCAGACACAACUGGAACUUUCUUUUUCAGGAUUAGCGGGAAUAAAAUAGUGUUUUGUUUUGUGUUUUUUAACCGAUGGUGACCGGUCAUGUGAAUGAUACAGGACUAAAAUAAGCUUUUCCUUUGAGAAGUAGAGAAGUAUCACAGUAUUGGAAGAACUAGUAUUGAAUGACCAGACUACACUCACGUGGCCAUCAGUUACAGCUGAGGUUUCUACCAUAAAGAGGAUGAAAUGUCUCCACAGUUUUUCUUGUAUAGCAUGACUAGAAUGUGUUUUCACAUUUUAUCGUCUUGAACUAAACAUGAACAAUGGUCUUGGAUGGAGUCAGGAGGUCAAGUAGGUCUUGUAAUUAAAAAUGAUGUUGAUGUGAGGGUUGUGAAUGGUUAUUUCAAACAGGCGAUUCCCAUACACAUGCUUACAUGCUAGACAAAUGUCACACUCAAACUGGAAUCAAACAAUGAGAGGGCAUGAAAACGGUCAUGGAUAAAUAUUGUGAAUGUAGCUCAAAACACGUACAUUUCGACUCUCAUCAGAAUCUACGACUGCCAUGUGUUCAAAGUUUAGUUUUUUUUAUUAUUUCUUCAUUUGUUGGGGGGCUGCUACCAACAUUCAAAACCCCAUGGUUGAGUCACGCUGAAUCAUAUAGGUUUCUUUCCUACAUUUUGAUUCUCUUUAUGCUUAUGGAAACAAGCACGACGUCUUUCACAUAUUUCUCCGAAAGAAAUUUGAGACUAACUGACCCCCUGAAUUUCCAAAGUGAUUUCAGCUGAGGAGAGGCAUCAUUUUAACUUACACCAGCACAUUUUGCCUGUUAAAAAAGAAGGACGAGGAAAGAAUGUGGUGCUUAUCUGCUGAAUUAUUACCUACGUAGUUUUAUUUCUACUCCCCACAUGUAGAUCCAUUGUUGUUUUAGAAGUUAAAUGUUUCCUCAAAAUGAGUCUCAAUAUCAGUAUUAUUAUUCUAGAAAGUGCCUAAAACAUUCCACCAGUAUCAGGAGUGUGUUGUUCCUAAAGAAGUUGACAUGAAAACCAAUGGUAUGCAAUGCUAAAGGCUGGUUUUACUGUCCAAUCAGGAGCCCAGGUCUGUUUCCUCCUCCCACACCCUUUUCACUCCCGAAGGCACCUGUCAUUUUGGGUUUUUUCAUCCCCUGUUCAUUCCAAUUCUGUCUCCCAAAAGUGAUUCGUUAAAAGAUUUUGAGUGACCCAAUAACAUACUAUGCAUACUUUCAUUAUUUCUGUCAUUUUAUGUGCUUUUCUUUCUCUUUUUCCAUGUCGGAUCUAAACUGGGCCAGGAAAGUAGGACAUGCUCGGUGAAGUUGGCACAUUAUAUAACAGUUUUAUCCAGUUGUUAGAUUCAAGUCAUAGCACAACUCUAAGCGAAGGUGGUCGACUUUAAUGUCCCUUUCCAUCCAAAUAGUAUUCUUCCAACUUGAAAUUUCAGGAAUCAUAAGCAAAAGUCCUCAGAAUUCACCAGGAAAAGCUGUUUAUGGAUCACCAGGUAUAUGUAUCUCAGUUUGGGUCAUUCAUCAUAGGGAAGGGAAAAAUCUGCCUCCCUUUUGUAGUUCUACUCAGGGUGCUAAAACAGGGAGAGGGUGUUUAGCAUGGAGACUAGAUUAGGUUAGGUUAAGUCUCCAGGUUCAGCUCAGAAUCAACGGGACAAACCACUGGGAAUAUGUACUUCCAUGUGUACAUUACUACAACAUUCGCUUUGUUACAAACCACUGCUUUCAGAGACAAGACUGUCACUCGGGUAACAGGAUAGGCCGUGUAUGUUUAUAGAGGUUUUAGACCAUUUUUCCAAAACUGAGCAGGUAUCCUCAUUCAUGCAGAUAUCAUCGCUCAUUUAGUAUUGCCAUAUCCCCAUGGGAUUGGGAAUGCAUAAGUAUACCUCAGCGCCAAAUACCUUCAGAAUAAGGUGGGAGAUCCCGUCCUCUUAUGAAACAGCUCAGUAUACGUACAUCCGGAUCAUGCUUUCCGUAUUUUUGUCAGAUAAGAGAAAUAUGCACUUUGUACAGCUCACCAUCCAAGUUGAAUUCCCUCUCCAAGCCCUGGUAGGUUAUAAGUGCAUUUGUAUGUGCUUUAUCCCGACGUAUGAACAUGGAUGACCACAUGAGCACAUGUAAAGCUUUUAGCUGAGCGAGGGAAAACACUACUGGUGCAGUUGGAAGUUUGUACGAUGUCCUAAAUCCUCUCUUUGGAACUCCGGAAAUGCAGGUUAGGCUUAAACAGAACCCGAAAAACCACUCGAUUAUAAGCUUCUCACUUACAAGUACAGAGCAAUAAACACUGUUUUAGACAAGCUCUUUAGAUUGAAAGAAUAUGGAUAAGUCAAACAUUUAAAAAAAUAUGAUGAUAAUAAUAAUAAAAACAAAAAUAGAAAAAAAAAAAAUUGGGACAUGCUUAGUUCACUUCCUCUUAUGCAAAUACAGGUACACAGGGAGAGGUGUUCAGUGGUCUGUGGACAUUGAUUUCAUAUUUCCCAGCACUAAUGCACGUUUUCAUCAUUUUAAAAUGAAGAAUAGAAAAAAAAAAAGAUAUAAUAUGAGCCCAUAUUUCUUAUAGGGCAGUGGGCUUUCAACACUCUGCAUGUGAAGCUAGUAUUAGACCUCUGUUUUCCCUUCUGUCUCUCUUUCUUUCUCUCUCUCUCUUUCUCCUUCAUACCAGCUUUGUGCUCCUUGUAUCCUCCUCCUCCUUUUCCUCCUCUGAUGAUUUUUGCCUCAUGUGCUAUUUUCUCUGCCGUCUCCCUCUUACUGUCCUUCUUGUGAGUUUUAUUUAUUUACUUAGAUUGAUUUAUGUUUUUUUUUUUUGGUUUUGUUUUUGCUUUGUAACUGUGCAUGUCAGAGCAUCAAUGAAUUGUUGGAUAUGUUUUUAAAAAAAAAAGAAAAAAAUAUUCAGCUGCUGAAGCCAUGCAAAGCAUUUUGAAUUGCCCUUAAAAUGGGAAAUGUUUUCUGAAUGCUUUAUUUUAUUUCUGCUGUAAAAUAAAAUCUUAAAAGAGAAA